GGGGAGCAGAAAGGCAGCGAGAGAUUGAACGGAGCCAGGCUCGGCGCUAGGACAUGCACUGGCAAAAAUCUACAAAAGAAAAGUCACAUCAACAAAACGUUCUCCCCACGGUUAGAGAGUUACUGGAGGAGAAGAGGAGAUGUGGAGGCAGCACAGGUCAACCGGUCACUCCCAAAGUCCCAUCGCUGCAGACAGACGAAUUUAAUUUUUCCACCUCGGGAGCAGCCCCUGGUCCUGUCUUCCAGACAGGAUACCCAUCUUGGCAUGUGGAUGUGCACCAACCCUUGAUACCCUCAGAACCCAGUCAGUAUGGUCCACCAAAUGAAUUCACCCCUAGUGAAGCCGUCAUUCCCUUCAACACUACAGCAGCAUACCGGUCAUAUGGAUACCCUGCCCCCAGCGGUGAACCUGUACCACUCUACUCCAAUCAUCAGUCCAACUUAGUGACGUUAAGACACAGCUCCGAAGCGACCCUGUUCGAGACCCCUCAGACUGAGUUCCACCAAUGGCCAAUGUCAGGAGCCAGUGCAGUCCCACCCUCUACUGAAGCAGAUCUGCUAUCAAUUCCAUUCUAUAACCCCAACCCAUCCCAACAGCCCAUUAUACCCCCACAACCCCCAAUACCCCCACAGCCCAUAAUACCGCCACAGCCCAUAAUACCCCCACAGCCCAUCAUACCCGCAAAGCUGGAGGAAGCUCGGGCCACCAUCCAGAACAUGGAGAUUAAUGAGCUACUGCAACAUGACGAUGAUGGGGACACGAUUCUGCAUAUUUACUCAGCCAAGGGAAUGAGGGAGUUUGUCCUAGCUGCUGCCGAACGGAUCAGAUCACUGAAUGGCCUGGAGACCAGGGAGCACAAGGGAAAGACACCACUCCUGGUAGCUGUGACAGCGAAUCAGGCGGGGGUUAUGUCUGAUCUGAUUGAACUUGGAGCCGAUAUCAAGGCAGCAGAUUUCAAAGGUCAAACUGCUCUUCACCUCGCAGCCACCUAUGGAUAUCCAGAGAUUCUACAGGCUAUCUUAUGGAGUGGAGUCACAGUGAAUGUUGAGGCUCGGAACUUUGAAGGUCUAACUGCCCUUCAUUGUGCUGUGAAGUCACACAAUAGCACCAUGAGGAAGCUGAGUGAGAUGCAGACCAGGACAGGCGAGUUUUUGGCAGAGUUACAGGCUUACUCACAGGACAAGCUGCAGUGUAUAACCCUGCUGCUCAGUUUGGGAGCAUCAAUCUUCACCCAGGUAACUGCACAGCGUGGGGUAAGAGAUUAA